UGACGAAGAGCAGGAAAAUGUGAUGGUGUGAGAGUUCAGACGGUGCUGGAAACUUUCAUCAGAGAAUUUGUGAAACUGAGGAGGAAGGGAGGACGUACAUAAAAGAUAACCCCACCAACUCAAACUGAUCACUCAAUCGCCAGCCACAACGGGAGGUAAAAUAAUGGACCUGCCCCUGACCUUUCAUGUGUUCCUACUUCUCUGUUCCCUCAACGCUGCUGUUUGGGCGUGUCCAGAUGGAUGCAAAUGUCAAGGAACCAAAGUCUUUUGCACUGGCCUCUCGGACUCCCCGACAACUGUACCGUCAAAUACCACCGCCCUCUACUUCUACAACUGCAGUAUCUACUUCCUUAAACCAGAGGACCUGGCUAAUUUCUCUAAUGCCCUUACCAUCUUUGUGAUUAAAGACACUAGUCUCAGGGAAGUGCGUACUGGCACAUUUGAUUCCACUCCACACAUAGGUGCCUUAGGGCUUACUGACACUGAACUGCAAGAUCUCCCUGAGACCUUGUUCCAAAAUCUCCAGAAGCUUGAGUCCCUGAAUCUGAAGAGCAACAAGCUCCUGGUACUCCGCCCAAACUGGUUUUCCCCAUUGGCAGGGCUGAAAUUACUUGACCUCAGUAAGAACCUUUUCACUUCUGUACCUGUGGAAACAUUUCACCCUCUUACUGAGCUGCUGCACCUUUUUCUUUCUGGAAACAAUAUCAGCCAACUACCUAGAGAGACAUUCAAGGGCCUUUCUAAUCUGAAAGUUUUAAGGCUUAACAAAAACUUGCUUCAGGAGCUCCCCCUUGGUAGUUUGGAUUACCUUGGAGAUCUGGAGGAACUAUCCCUACAUGACAAUCUUAUCACUCAUCUCCACCAUGACCUGUUCUCCAAGACUUUGAAACUCCAGAAGCUGUUCCUCUCCAACAACAGGCUCACAUCUCUUCCACAAGGGAUCUUCUUAAGCCUGCCCCUUCUUUCUCAGAUCUCCCUGUAUGAAAACCAGCUGGAGAGUCUCGGUCCCGGAGUAUUUGGGCCCAUGGCUCUGCAGGAAUUGUGGCUGUAUGACAACAAGCUGAGCAGUGUUGUGGAUGACACAUUCAGGAACCUCACCAAGUUGCGUCUGCUGGUUCUCAGCCGCAACCAGAUCAACUCUGUAUCCAACGGGGCCUUUAGAGGGUUGGAGCAGCUGGGAGAGGUAUCACUUCACACCAAUUUGCUCACAACCCUGCAGGCUGGGACUUUCCAAGGACUGCCCAAUCUGGUUAACAUUUCCUUGGAGCACAAUUUCAUCAGCUCCCUCCCUUUGGGUUUUCUCAAGGGCGUGAGUAACCUGGGACAGAUAGACCUGCGAAAUAACUCCCUUCCAAACCUGCCACAGGAGAGUCUAAAUGCCCUCACAGCAGCAAAGGAAAUUCUCUUGCAGCAGAACCCCUGGAGGUGUGACAAGGAUAUUCUCCCACUUAGAGACUGGCUGAUACAGCACCCAUCCAAAGUCAACCAAACUCUUGUGGUUUGUCAAACACCAUUCGGUCUGAGUGGUGAGGUAGUUGCUCUGCUGGCAGAUGAGAACAUCCUGCCUCUCAGCCCUACAGAGGAGCCUGUGUUGACCUCAACAGAGAAGAGGAGGAAACCCCAGACUCCUCCAGCGAGACGAAGCACUUCCUCACCUGCAGUCAAGACCACUCCCAAGUCAGAGCCUGAGGAGGUCACCAGCGGCGGACAAGGGGAGACGGAUGUAGUUUCUAAUGAUACUUCAAUCAUGCUCAUUGUCAUCGCAGUAGUGGCCACCAUCAUCAUCAGCACUGUCAUCAUUAGCUGUGUGUGCUGGAAGAGGAACAAGAGAGGCAGCGGAAAUAUAGGCCGCAGAAAUAAGAACUCUGUGCUGUAGAUGAGACCACCCAAUACAAGCAACCCAAGAACUUUUACAGCUAAGGGAAAAUCCUCGCUGAUUACUGUGGCUAACUUGGAAAAUGUGGAGCCCAGAGUUAAUUUUAGAGCCUCAAAGGCAACAGAAGGAGCCACCUCAUCUCCAUACUGCUGUACCAAUUAGAACAUACAAGUUAACAUUUGAAUUCAUUAGCUUUUAAAUCCUAAUGAUCAGAUUUACCAGCCAGUAUUCCUCUUCAUGUGUGCUGUAAAAAGAAAAGAUAUUGUAUGUACUUAUGGUAAAACACCCAUGUUGCCAUCUUGUGGGUGACCUGGACAUUUUGAUGAAUGUAAACUCUGAUGCACUGAAACAGUGUACUUUUUGUUGUAGAAUUAAGACUGCUUUCAGUAUUUUGUGCAAAAAUAUUUUCAAUUAUUAAUAAUUGCAGUUUGACAACGGAUUUUUGUGCUAACGGCAAUACAUUAAGGACACAGCUUGAACCUUUUUUUGUCUUUUUGCAAAAUGGUUAUCCAUGAAAAAAUCAAAACAUGUCAUUCUGACUCCACUGUAACAAAAUUAAUUUGAUGCUUCUCACACUUGCAAUGCAAAAUCCUGCUAUAUGUUCAAUAAAUGCACUACUUUUAGUGGGAGCAAUCUUA